GCUUUGGAGACGUCUCUUCUUGAAGUACAGGUUCAUCUUUCCAAGAGGACUCAACCCAUCCAUGGCCACUGCAAAAUUGGAAGCAUUAAUGAAGCCACCCGUCAACAGCAAGAGUAUUGACAGAACUCACUGUACUAAUACUACACAGCGUUUGAAAAAGAGAAAACGGUCUGUGUACGAGCAAGAUUUACAUGAUGAGGACGAGAAUGGCCGGAUACAACGUCAGAGUCGAAAGGGACUUCUACGGAGGUCAUACCAAUCCCAAACUCAAAAUCAAUACCAAAACCAGUGCUGGAAGGCGCUCUAUAAACUCAACUACAAUUGGAUCAUGGGUCAAGCUAGAGUAGCGAGUGUGUCUGUCCAAGAUAUGUUCCUACGAGACCAAAAUGUCCUGGGGAUGAAUAUCAAUUCGACCGAGCAUAUUAACAUGGAUAUUAAUCGGUCAAAGAGAUAUACGCUUCAAUCACCACCUAUUGUUCAGUUUAAAGGAUCUGUCAUCCUUAUUGUCAGUCCUAACAAUCUAGUUCAUCUAUGGAGAGUUCAGUCCGUCACCGACUUGCUUUCCUCUUCUUCUUCGACGAGUGCCGCUCAGUCAUGCUCAUCAUCAACAUCACCAUUACUAUCAUCACCAUCCACGAGAUGCGGUGGCCAGCCUGAAUUUUGGCAGACCUAUCGGAGCAGCAGUAGCAAUCGCUCGGAGCGGAUGCAAACGCCGCUACAACGGCAGGAAGAAGAAGAGGGUAGAGAGGAGCACAGGGCUGAUCAUACGCUUCCCAAGAUCACUUGUCUAUCAUUAGAUUCUUCUGUCAAGAACAUUACAAGUGGUUGGCAAAAAGUCAUGGUUGGAUUCGAGUCGGGUCAUUUUGCCAUCUUUGAAUACGCUCAACAGCCGCAGCAGCUGCAGGAACAGGGACAGCAAGGACAGCAGGAUAGCCAAGUAACAGCCAAAAUUGCGGAUGCUCGCAAAAGCAUAGCUGGUAAUCUAUCAUCGACUUCAGCAUUAUCGCCUGUUGAUGGCAAUAUACAAACAAAUCCAAAGACAACUCUACGAGAGAUUGGCAAUACUAUGGAUUUAAAAUCCUGGAGUGAAGUGGGACGAAUCCAAACAGCAUCGUUCCUCUAUCCGGUCUUGAUCACCUGUUCUAAUGAUGGUGCCAUCUCGAUUUACUUGAUCCAGUCAGAGGCGUCGUCACCACCGCCAUCAACAGAAAGGUCAGGAGGGGACCGUAGUAGCCCCCAUCAUUGGUGCCGAUUGCUGCACAGACUUUAUGGGACAUCAACAGAAUCGCCCAUAGGCGUUGAUCUGGAGCAGAUCAAAGAAGUUGCCACUUCUACUAAUUCUGACAAUAGUCCAUUGAGGAGAGAAAACGGUGACGAUGACAAAGAGAAGGGCAGACGAACUGAGUCAAAACAAUGGAGGGCUCUCAUUAGUUUUGGAUUGGAGCUCCAUGAUGGGUCUUGGACUGUACGGCUACAGGAGAUUGAGUUCGACGAACACUAUAUCCUUCACUCGAUGGAGAUUGGAGCGGAGGGCGACAGCUAUGGCAGUAUGACUGAAAUCAAGGAUGGUUUUUAUGACACGCAUAAUAUUAAUAACGGUGGGAGUACAAGUAUCAUUGAUGAGGAGCAAGACGAAGAAGACUUGAUCUUUCCAACAUAUUUCAGUAAAUCAGCCGAGUCUACUGCUGUUGGCCAUCAUGCACGGAUAGGACCUAUCUCGACCAUCAGCAUCUCGUGGCCAUUUGUAGUGACGACACAUAGUGAUAAUACCAUGAAUGUCUUCCAGAUGGCACGGGAGAUCAUCAAUCCAAAAACGACAACAAUGACGACGACAUCAACAUUCGGCAGUUAUGGUACUCCCUGGUUAAAUAUAACCUCAGAUACUCGCACCCGUCUAGAAAAGCGUUUACGGUUUCAGCAUCUUUCCACACUCUAUGGGCAUUGUGGGGCAGUAUCAAGUGUUUCGAUUGAAUCGCGUUCUGGUAGAUUAGUCAGUGCCAGUAUGGACAGGUCUAUCAAAGUAUGGACGAUGGCAAUGAAGAAUCAUGAGGAUGACCGACUGGAACAUCAACGGGUCCAUCAAUGCGCUGUCUCUAUGAGCGAUAUCAACAAGAGCUGGACGGAGAGUGGACAGGUCACGAAGGAAGAAGGUCUGGGACUGAUCUGGGUUGGCUCUGAUGAAGAGAAGAUUGUGAGCAUGAAUUGUGAUGGCACCGUCAAAAUUUGGCAGUUUUCUUAAGAAAAAGAAAAAAGGAUAAAGUCUUUUUUGUGCAUUCUUUUUAUUUUAUUUUAUUUUAUUUUUUUUAAUUUAUUUA